AUGAAACAACUGAUACGGUCAAUGGAAACCCAGGCGGAGUGCCAAACAACUUCCUCCAGUUAGAGCCUUUUAUGAGCUUGACUUGAUAAGACAUUGAUGUAAAUUGACAUGUGGUGUUUGGCAAGAGAGGCAAGAAUAGGGGUAUAAAUUGCUGACUCUAGAAAGUUCUAACAUUUUCAAAAUGAAGUGCCUUCUCCUGCUUUCUCUCCUGGGGCUCUCUGGUAGAUAUAUAGUCUUCAUUGUAUUUUAUUUAUAAAUCUUCGAUUAUCUUUUGACAAAGCUUGAUACAAAAAAAAUCUUUAUUAACUAGUCAUAAAAACUGCAAGUUAGAUUUCAGAUAUAGUAAGUUAAUUUUGAUUGAUACCUGACUUAGUUGACCAGCCUAUCACCUGCAUUAAUGUGUCUUCUACAGUGGCUCUGCCUGUCGAUGAUAAUGACAAGAUUGUCGGAGGUUACACCUGUCCUGAGUACAAGGUACCUUAUCAGGUGUCACUGCAUAUCGGUUACCAUUUCUGUGGAGGCUCCCUGAUAAAUACCCUGUGGGUUGUGUCUGCCGCUCAUUGUUACCAAUCGUAAGUAAGACAAUGAAACUCAUUAUGAUAAAAUAACUAUACUUUACCAUUAUUAAUUAUGGUAACUGAGAGAAACAAAGCAUAUAUCUCCUAAAAUAACAAAAAAAUACUAUAUGAGUAAAAUAUUUAUAGCACAUACAUGGUUUAUAGAUAACAAUGAAUUUAGAUAAUAGGUAAUAGGUAAAAAUGUGUGUUUUAUAUAUAUAUAUAUACUUUUUUUUUCUUUUUUUUUUAACCAAAUUCUAACCUGGCUGAAAUUUGAAUCUCUACAUUUUAGUCGUACCGAGCUCAGACUGGGGGAACACAAUAUUAAAGUGCUGCAAGGAUCUGAACAAUUCAUUAAAGCUUCUAAACUAAUUCCUCAUCCCAAUUAUGACCCAGGCAUUCUGGAUAAUGAUAUCAUGUUAAUACGUCUUAAAAAACCAGCCAGGAUUAAUUCCAUGGUCCAGCCUAUCCCUCUGCCAUCCCACUGUGAAUCUCCUGGGGAAAUGUGUCUCAUUUCUGGCUGGGGGAACACUCUGAGCAAUGGAGGUGAGUACAAAAUUGUAUGUACUAAAAACACCAGACAUCAAAGUAGUUUAAACCUCUCUGGAAUAUUCAGGGUUAUUUAAUAAAGUAAGAAUUCAAAGAAUUGAAUUCUUGAGCAUUUAAAAUUUAGGGUCAGAAUAACCAAAUUAAAAGCAUAGUUCAAUUAGAUAAUUUUUCUUUUCAGCUAUUUUGACCUUAAAUGUGAAAUUUACUUUCAAUUCACUUUGAAUUCUCGCUUUAGUGAAUAACCCUGAUAGUUAUAUUGUAUUAUACAAAAUUAAAAUGACCAAUGAUUCUGCAAUUCUGCCAUUUUUAUACUGGCAUUAAAGAACACAAGUCAGUGUUGAAUAAGUGAGCUAUCACAAAAUUAGCACAUUCAAUUUUAUCAUGAUGGAACUAAGGAUGUCAUAUAGGAUGCUCCUUAAAGGACCACUAUAGGCACCCAGACCACUUCAGCUUAAUGAAGUGGUCUGGGUGCAAGGUCCAGCUAGGUUUAACCCUUUUUUUAAAUAAAUAUAGCAGUUUCAGAGAACCUGCUAUGUUUAUAAUAGGGUUAAUUCAGCCUCUAGUGGCUGCCUCAUUGACAGCUGCUAGAGGGCUUCCGCACUGUGAUUUUCACAGUGAGAAGACGCCAGCGUCCAUAGGAAAACCUUGUGAAUGCUUUUUUAUGGACUGGCUGAAUGCGCGCGCUACUCUUGCCGCGCAUGCGCAUUCAGCCGGUGACAGAAGAAGAGGGAGGAGAGGAGGAGGAGAGCUCCCCGCCUGGCGCUGAGAAAGAGGUAAGUUUAACCCCUUCCUCCCCCCAGACCCAGCGGGAGGGGGACCCUGAGGGUGGGGGCACCCUCAGGUCACAUUAGUGCCAGGAAAACGAGUAUGUUUUCCUGGCACUAUAGUGGUCCUUUAAGAAGCGGGGUGAAAAUUCUAGCUUGAAGGAAUUAAAGAAAGCUGUAACUUAGAAUGAUACAUGUAACUCAGUGCUUCAGAUCACCAUUGAUGUUUUUUUUUCCUACAGCUAAUUAUCCUGACCUGCUGCAAUGUCUGGAUGCACCUAUUCUCACUGAUCAGCAGUGCCACGAUGCCUAUCCAGGGGAAAUCACUGAGAACAUGAUCUGUGUUGGGUAUCUGGAGGGAGGCAAGGAUUCGUGCCAGGUAACAAAUCUUUUACCUUUUUCUGGAGAAUUUUAUCACAUAAUUUAUAUGUUGGAUAGCGAAUGCAUUAUUUGAAUCAGUAUUUACAAAUUAGCAAUCAGUUAUUUAUAACUUGUUAUAGGCAGAACAUAUGGUAAUUUUAAUUGUAAUAUUCAAAAUGAAUAUUUGUCGGUUGUUCUUAGCAAAGCCAUUACUUUUCUUUUUCUAAUCAUGUAAGCAUUGCAAUACAGAAAAACGAAAAAAUAAUUGUACAAAAAAACAUUGUAUGGAAAAGGAGAUAUAUAAAUUCUAAAUAAUGCAAUGGAUGAAAGCUUUGUGAUAUUAUAAACAAUGCAGAGAUAAAAGAAUAAGUUAAGCCAUUUACUCUGGCUGCAAAAAAAAGAUGGCCCAGUAGUCAAAGAGGAACAACUCUUAAUUAAAAGUCUGGCUCCAGUAGGCUAGCCUCUAUUUUACAGUGCCCUUCUAGAUAUCUACAAACUUUAAGAAUAGAACCUAAAGUAUUGCAUGGUUUAUGCAUACACAAAAAAAAACUGUUAUCCCUUAAAUGACUUAGUACCACCAACAACACAUACCCAAAAAGUAAGAUGGAGAUACAUCCAACAUCUGCAAUUUAUGGCAAUUCUUCCUAAUUCAUUAAUGUUAAAAAUGCAGCCAAAUGGAAAAAUUGGAGUCUAUAAGAUAUAUUGGGUAAAACGUAGGAAAUAUAUCCUUUAUCACUAUUCUAUUUCAUUAAAAUUUGGGAAUAUAUUAGGUUACAUAUCAUGUUGUCUUGUAAUGAAACAAAUUGUUUUUUAUAAUUAUAAACAUGUGCUCUAUAAAUACUAAUACUCCAAACAUGUAAUAAAUGGUGUUGGAAUAUUGACUUUCAGUCAAUCCAAAUGUUGCCUCAAAUAUUGUACCUUUCUUCCAUGGUGUAGUUGUCCGGAAGUGAAAAAAAAAAUGCUGAGAGAGCUUAAUUACAUUAUAAAGUUGUUAUUCAUUGGUAGCUUACAAACAAAAUCCGUGGCAGUCAUUUUAUUACUUCCUAAAAAUAUAAUUUAUAGAAAAUGAAUAUUAAAUCAUUAAAGUGCAUGUGAUACCAGAGCAUUGAAUGGGCUGCAAGACUGUAACUAUGUGUAAAUGGUUCGUAAAAGUUACAGUAUCUUUUCCAUAAGACGCUAGCUGAGCCAGCCUAGAUACAAUAGGAGACUGUUUAACACUACUUAUGUACUACAACUGAACUUGCAAUCAAUAUAUAUGUAAAUAUACACAAACUCUGUGGAUAUAUUGUGACAGGCUUAUUGUUAAUUAAUUUGUGGAUAUAAUUGAACAUUUGUGGGGAAAAAAAGAAUAAAAGAAUGCCCAUUUAAAUUACUUCUUUAUUUUCCAGGGUGAUUCUGGUGGCCCAGUGGUUUGCAAUGGCGUCUUGCAAGGUGUGGUAUCUUGGGGCAUUGGCUGUGCCCUGCCUGGAUACCCAGGCGUUUACACCAAAGUGUGUAAUUAUACUGACUGGAUCAAUCAAACUGUCUCUAAAUACUAAAUGGAAUAUUCUUUGAAAUAAAUGAACCACAUUCUAAAACAUGUAUUUAAAAUCAUUUAUUGUGCAUUAACUCUUAAAUAGUAUAUGUAAUUUACUGUGACAAAUCUAAAAGAUCCAUAAAGUGUGUCUAAGAACAGGGUGAUCAUAACUUAUUGUUUCUAGUUACAAAGGUUGGCGGAUCUUUACGAUCAGAGUUCAUAUGGCGAAUUUAAUUAAUUCUGUCUCUAACCUACAUAAAUACCUAUAGAUCAUUAUAAUAAUGUUAUGCUAUUGAUUUUAUAGCGUUUGCAUUUUGCUAAUAAACUUUCAGUGCUUCUAUAUGAUUUACAGCUCUCUACCUUACACAAUGUAUAACACUGAUCUAGAAUGUUAACUAUCUUCUCAUAUAUUCUUAAUCCUAAUUGUAUUAGUAUAACACUCCACACCCCAUUAACGUUAUACCACACUCUAAGGAUUAUAUAGAACUCAAAGUCCUCAUGUGGCCAUAAAUAUCACUCUAGGUAGAAGUGGUUUCUGUCAUAUUAUGAAUACAAAUGAGCUUGUCACAGCAUCAAAGUAAAGAUCAUUUUGUUAUAACUGCUGUUUCCAAGCCUCGAUAGCAAGCCUGCAACCAACCUCAUGCUGAUGAGUUGCAUUAACAAUGAAACAGCUGUCCACGAGUGGUUCACUGGCUUUGCAUUUCUUCCUGAGUUGUGUUUCAAAGCUGUUGUAUACAACAAACACAAACUCCAAAGAAUCCAUGUUUAAAAUGGAAUAAUGAGGCAAAACUGUGAUUCUUUGUUGGCCUAAUUUGCAUAUGUCUACCCAGAAUCCUUUGCAGUAGUAACAUCACUGCAUAUGUCAGAUUUCUGUGUGAAAAGCAAGUUUUAUGGCUUGACUGGUGUGUAGAUCUGUGUUUAACAAUGUAUUGACUAUCCACUGACUUCAAAUAGAAGGGGUUUUCAAUCACAAUUUUUCCCCACCAUAACUUUCUUGGUUUAUGUUUCCAAACAAAGUAGACUUGUGCAUAAAUGUAUUUCAGCCGGGUGAAAUGAAUUAAAUUUCUUUUAAUCUAUGGCUGAAUUAAUUGAUCAGUCAGGGAUUCAGCUGUGUAGCCCUAUUCAUUCCGUAAGACUCUGCAGGUAAAUCCUAGAUGGGUCAAUUUAUUCAAGCUACAAUUAAAACAAAUAUGAUUCCUUCAAACCAGCUGAAAUGCAUUUGUGCACAAACAGAGUGAUACCCGUGUAAGCCAAUUCACGCAGACACAAACACACAAUGCAUUUCUGCACAGGUCUACAAGAAAUUAUUUUGAUUUAAAAAAAAAACACCUUUUUUUCUGAUUAUCAUUUGAAAAGUCAGCACUAAAUAUAUAAAAUAAUAAUCUCUGGUUUUGUGCCUCAUAAUAAAAUACCUAAACAAUACAUCUAAAAAUAAGUAGUAUGCAAUUCAUUAAAUUGCAGUAUUUAUUCUCAGAAGAUUUUGGAAAACCGACAAAGGGAACAUUAACUUUUUAAAAAAUUGUAAAAAUUCUUUAUUUUAGUUGUGCAAAGGGUUUACAACAGGCCUGUGAUGCCAUGACAGCCUAUACUCAGACUCCAAGGUUACAUACCGGGUGCUUGGAGUAUAGCAAAUAGGUUAAAACAUCCAAAGUUUAAUGAAAAAUAAAAAAGAUUGUUGACAGCUCAAUGUUUCAGUCCUCCUCUGGGACUUUCAGUCCUCCUCUGGGACUUGUUGUUCCUGAUGAAAGUCCCAGAGGAGGACUGAAACGUUGAGCUGUCAACAAUAUUUUUUAUUUUUCAUUAAACUAUGGAUGUUUUAACCUAUUAAUGAAUCCGUGAGUGCUGGUCACCUUUGCUAUAUGGAUAUAUAUAUAUAUAUAUAUAUAUAUAUAUAUAUAUAAUGUCAGUAGGUAUGGUAGUAUAAGCAUCAAUGUAAGCAGGCUAGGUAACUGACCUAUUGUUAGGUUUAAUAGUAUAACAUAAAAUAACAUGACCACUAGGCAGAGAAUAACAUGUCGUUUUGCCACUGGUUAGAAACUUAAACGUUUAAAAAAACAGUAGAAACAAAUACCACUGUGUCAGGCAAUGAGUAGGAGAGUGAUGUCAGCUUGUGUCACAGUUAUGGCUAAAUUGCAGUAUUUGAGCUUCAGUCCCACCCAAUCGAUUCAUACAUCUCUCAGUGAGUCGCUUACAGGACCUGAGUCCGGUAUCUGCAACCAGGCGUGUUCUUGUCACGAUUUGUGAGUGCCCCCAGCUGGUGUGAGCGAGUUGUGUGCGGACCUUUCUUGCUGUUUUGUGGCCCAUGCAGGUGGUAUUUCACUGGGUGCCCAGAUCUUUUGUGGCGAUGCCCUUUACAAGGCACCCACCUCUGUGCUCUCCCUGCUGGCUUCGCUUUUGUAUUUCACCCCUCGUGUCUCAGCUGAGAAUGCCCGCAGUGGGGGGCCCCCGUGUCCCAUGGUAGUUGUGGACAGGUGA